AACUUUAAAUUGUGUGACACCAAACUGAGGGUUCGUUAGGCAGCUGUGCCUGACGGCUUACUGGCGCUCCACCAACACAGCAAAAUGCAGAGAAUUCAUAAAAUCCUGGUCUAUUUCAUCUUGAUGUCUAUCUUUAAGAACUCAUUGUAUCUUAUCGAUAUGGAGGAACCAUGGGCCUCGAUUCGUCCCUGGACCUCUAUCAUUUUGCUUGCUCUGUACGGCGUUAAGCUUGGCUUCGAGCUCUUGUACAAUGUUGCCAACACUCACAACAAGCCUGAGGCUUAUGUUGAUUUGGUCAAGGACAUUAAGGAAGCCCAAGAUGCUCUUCGUGCCAAGGGAAUGGUGAUUGACGAUGAGUAGAUGGCUACAAAUAUUAAGGCACAUACUUUACGCUGUCAAUCACGUACAACGCAUAUAUACAUUUAACAUAAUGUGAAUAAUACAUACCCCUCUGCAACGUUUAGAAAGGAAUUAUUUUUGAGAACUACAAAAUAAAUCAAAAGCAGAACGAUGAACAGUGCCAACUUCACUGAAACUAACGUCCAAAAAACCAAACAAAAUCUAUUCGAUGAUGUGUGCACAGACGAAACUUAACACCCGGGAAGGGAAGUUAGACCUGUAAGAAAAAAUGACGAUGAAGUGCAGGCAUCUUUUGAAGGGGUAAGAGAG